GACCAAGUAUUGCUAGCGUUAGCUAAUGUUAGCUCGGUCAAGUUAACUACCUUAGUCCACUAGUUUUUUCUCCUUUUUCCUGCUUGAAGACCAUCAAAAUGUCUAAAGCUGUGUAUCCCCGAGAAAGUGUCUACAAUCUCGUUCCAAAGGAAGAGGUUCAUCUGCAAAAAACCCAAAGGUAUGUGUCGAAGUUUAGGCCGACAGUUGUUCUUGAGAAAAAGUCCACCAAGGAUGCAAUGAGGACGAUGGGACCAGCAAAAGUAGAGGUACCAACCCCUGAUAAAUACCUCAAGAAGCAUUCAAAAGAGCCCAAAUUACCUGAACAGGCGCAGAAAGUGGUUCGUAACAGCUACACUAGGAAAUCAGCUGUUCCUGCAAGGACAGACAACCCACCAAUGGGCUAUCAAACCCAGAGAGACUUUAUAAAGACAGCUACAGCGGUGCCAAUGAAGCCCAAGCCUACAUCUGUGGACACCAGUAAGGGACACAAGCAGCUCCUUGAGAAUUCAGGACUUGUCCCCAAAUACAUUAAGAAAAAGCAUUAUGGAGAAGUUCCUGAGUAUCUGCAGCAGCGCAAUGAAGAAGAGCAGAGAGCUCAGGAGGAGUACGACAUGUUUGUGGAAGAACAGAGGGAGCAGGGAGCCAUGAAACAUCUGUCGGAUGAGGAGAGACACAUCGUCCUGGAGGGCCUGAAGAAGAAUUGGGAUGAGCUGCACCAUGACUACCAGGGCCUGUCACUGGUCACAGACAACCUGUCCAAGAAGGCCCGCAGGGACAGUCUAGGGACGGCGAUGAGGCAGCUAGAGAAUGACAUCAAACUCAUUGAGAGGUUCAAGACUAUCUACAUACCCAGUUACUGAUAGGACAUACAAAUCUUC